AGGGGGCAGAAAAGGCGCCGGCGGGCCCGAUACACACCACUGGGAGCCGGGUGGCUGCCAAGCCGGAUCGGGCCACCGCGCUGAGCCGCGCCGAGCCGCGCCAUGGCGCCCACCCUCGCCACUGCCCAUCGGCGCCGAUGGUGGAUGGCCUGCACCGCCGUGGUGGAGAACCUCCUCUUCUCGGCAGUCCUCCUGGGCUGGGGCUCGCUGCUCAUCAUGCUCAAGUCGGAGGGCUUUUACUCCUACCUAUGUACCCAGCCAGAUAAUGUCACCAAUGGCACAGAGUCGGAACAUGAGGACGUGAGCUGGAUGAAUGGCUGGCUCAGCUGCCAAGCCCAGGACGAGAUGCUCAACUUGGCCUUCACCGUGGGCUCUUUCCUGCUCAGUGCCAUCACCCUGCCUCUGGGCAUCGUCAUGGACAAAUACGGCCCAAGGAAGCUCAGGCUACUGGGCAGUGCCUGCUUUGCUAUCUCCUGCUUGAUGAUUGCAUAUGGAGCAAGUAACCCAAACUCUCUGUCUGUGCUCAUCUUCAUCUCCUUGUCUCUGAAUGGCUUUGGUGGGAUGUGCAUGACAUUCACUUCAUUAACACUGCCCAACAUGUUUGGUGACCUUCGGUCCACGUUUAUUGCUCUGAUGAUUGGAUCCUAUGCCUCCUCAGCAGUCACCUUCCCAGGAAUCAAGGUCAUCUACGACUUUGGCGUCUCCUUCAUCCUCAUCCUGGUGGUCUGGGCCAGCUGCUCUGGGCUGGUUUUCCUCAACUGCUUCUUUAACUGGCCUCUGGAGCCCUUCCCUGGGCCAGAGGACAUGGACUACUCGGUGAAGAUCAAGUUCAGCUGGCUGGGCUUUGACCACAAGAUCACAGGGAAGCAGUUCUAUAAGCAGGUGACCACAGUGGGGCGCCGCCUCAGCGUGGGCAGCUCCAUGAGGAACACCAAGGAGCAGGCAGCGCUGCAGGAGGGCCACAAGCUGUGCCUGUCCACUGUCGACCUGGAGGUCAAAUGCCAGCCAGAUGCUGCAGCAGCCCCCUCGUUCAUGCACAGCGUGUUCAGCCCCAUCCUGCUCCUCAGCCUCGUCACCAUGUGCGUCACACAGCUGCGGCUCAUCUUCUACAUGGGCGCCAUGAACAACAUCCUCAAGUUCCUGGUCAGCGGCGACCAGGACAUAGUGAUGGCCACUGUUGGCCUCUACACCUCCAUCUUCGGUGUGCUGCAGCUGCUAUGCCUGCUGACAGCCCCUAUCAUUGGCUGCAUCAUGGACUGGAAGCUGAAGGAGUGUGAAGAUGCCUCGGAGGAGCCUGAGGAGAAGGAAGCCAACCAGGGCCAGGAGAAGAAGACGGUGAAGCGGGACCGACAGAUCCAGAAGAUUACUAAUGCCAUGCGGGCCUUCGCCUUCACAAACCUGCUGCUUGUGGGCUUUGGGGUGACCUGCCUUAUCCCCAACCUGCCACUACAGAUCCUCUCCUUCAUCCUGCACACGAUUGUGAGAGGAUUCAUCCACUCUGCCAUUGGAGGCCUCUAUGCUGCUGUGUAUCCCUCCACCCAGUUUGGCAGCCUCACGGGACUUCAGUCUCUGGUCAGUGCACUCUUCGCUCUCCUGCAGCAGCCCCUGUUUCUGGCCAUGAUGGGCCCCCUCCAAGGAGACCCUCUGUGGGUGAAUGUGGGGCUGCUUGGUGUGAGCAUGCUGGGGUUCUGCCUCCCCCUCUACCUCAUCUGGUACCGGAGCCAGCUAGAGAAGCAACUGCAGCAGAAGAGGGAAGAUGACAAGCUUUUCCUCAAGCUCAACGGUUCAUCUAACCAGGAGGCUUUCGUGUAGCACCCACCACCUCAAAACUGUGGCCUCUUGCCCUUGCUUUGGUGACAGACUGAUGUCCUCCUCCCCAAUCCAGAGGAUCCUCAUGCACCCCCAGAAUCCUCUCCUUCACCAUGGUGGAGUCCAUGCUCCUCUCAGGGUCAUGGUCCUGUCUUGGAGCUCUGUGGUAGAAGGACAGGAGAGGGCCCCGGCAGGUGGUUUCCCACUGCUGAGAACAGGGGCUGUCCUUGGUUUUGCUCUGCCACCCUCAAGGGGCCCUGGAGCCUUCAGGCUUCGUGAUUCCCAUAGGAGGAGCCAGGAGGACCCCUGGCAGGCAGGCUCUCCCCUUCAAGUGUCUGGAUUCUGCCAUCCACUGCCCACCACCUGCCCUUCAGCUGCAUGCCCACCAGCCACACCUGCCUGAAGACAAAGGCUUGCACUGUCUGCACCCCUCGCCUGGCCCCUCACCUCCUCCCCUGGCCAUUCUGAGGCGGGCGUGAGGAAGGAAGGACCCGCUUCCUGUUGUUGGUGCUAACUCCUUUGUAAUCCCAGCCCCCUGUGGCCUGCUCAUGGACUGCCCUCCAUUAGAGGCCUGUGGAGAAGCCCCCCAACCCCCAGCUUAAAGUCUGAGGGGAGGAUGUGGGCCUGGAUGGCCACACACAGCUCAAGAGCCGUGGCCAAGAAUGACCAAGGAGGAAGCAGGUUUCAACUACUAUCCUCCACCUAGUCUGUGACCUGAAGGGCAUUAAAAGGGCACCAGCAGGGCAUCCCCUCACACAGAUGAUUUUGUGGGGGUGGAAGUGAGGUUGUGACCCACAGCUAUGGAGAACCAGGGUAGUGAUGUAGAUUUUGUGAGGGGCCGAGGUCUAUGUGUACGUGUAGGGUAGGUGUGUAGGUGUGCUGUGUGAGGUGGAGGCGUUGGGUAGGGCUUUGGGUGACUUGUCCUUCAGGAGCCAGCCAGGCCUGCAGUAGCCAGCACCCUGGAGCCAGCCUCCUCAGGGCAGGAGCUUGUCCCAGGCCACGGGGCCACAGCGCCCUCUGCUGGCCGCAUCCUCCAGAACCCAGGAGCUGUUUACUUGGGAGAGGCUGUUUGCUGGUCCUCUGCGGUCCCGGCCCCCCAGCCCACCCCAGAAAUGUGUCUGAGAUGUCCCAGGAAUGGGUUUUUUGGUUUUAUGGUUUUGUUUUGUUUUUUUUUCUUUAAGUCUUACCGGUCUCCUUUUUUAUAAAGCAAUAAAUCCAUUUUCCCCCAGGGUAGGGGUUACCCCUUCUAGCUUAACAGCUACAUGUGCCUGUUUGGAGGUGAAAAGACAAGAUUGUCUGCCACUGACUACUCCAGUGGUAGCCAGCUGUUCCCCAUCCCUCUGGAUGAUUGAUGUUGUGGGAGCAACAGUGGACCAGGAAAAGAUCUUACUCUCCCUUCUCACCCCCAAACAAUUGAGCCUUUGCAGCAGUGUGGAAUUAAGGGCUGCCCCCUCCCUGCUGCUCACAGGCUAGCCCUCACCCCUGUCGUCCCCUACUCAGAUUUCCUGUCACUCGCCAACUACCCUGAGGGUUCCACUAGAGUUGGCGGCCAUGCUCGAGCGCGCGCGCGCGCGCGCACACACACACACACACACACACACACACACACACACACACACACACGGGGUGACGAGAGCCUCAGGUCAACAACAGGGUGGAUGUGGGGGUGGGGGAGAAGACAGAACAGGAAGCUGCAGACCCCAGCCCACUUCCAGCUCUACAUAAACAGUUGUUCAAGAACACACCUGCUCUUCAUAGGCUUUCAUCCACUCAAAUAUUAAAAAACAAGAAAUAUUUGUUUUAAAGCAUGCUCAUGGACUUUGCAGCUCUUCAGGGAGGGUGUAUAGUCUUUGAGGAGUGUUCAAGCUGAGGAGUGUUCACACAGAGCCCUCCCUGUGCCAUCAAGUGACACCAUCAGUGACCAUCUGCCUCAGGAGCUCCUGGGUGCUUGUUAAAAGUGGCAGCUGCAAGUAUUGUCUCUGAGACAGAGGCUGGGUCUUCAUCUUGCUUACUUUCCAUCUGAUGACUCUGGUGUCCCCCACAGUUUGAGGCCCAGUGACAAAGAGAAAAACAAAGCUUGAGAAAACAGAUUAGCCAAGGUCCUUCCACCUGGAGAAAUAUCUCAGGGCUGUAGAGACAUGGCAGCCAGAGUGGGAACUGCGGCUUCUCCCCACCCACCCAUCGGGUGUGGGCACUUGUGGGAAGCAGCAGGCAUUGAGAAAUUAGAAUUCAGAGUCAACAAUGUGAGCACUAGAAGCAUGAGAAAGGGAGCAGGGUACCAGGUUGGUUGGAUACCACCUGUACCCCCAUUCUCAUCAAGGGCCAGUCAUUCUGCUCUAGCUGUGCAAAGUUGCCAGGUAACUUAUUUUUAUUAUUAUUUUUUUAAUGCAUACAAGAACUAGGAUGUAGGCCAGGGGUAUGAGGGGGUAAG